AUGUGCAGUCGCCGCCUCUCCUCCGACCUCACAGCGGACGAAUUCAGAGCAUUAACCACCCCUCAAACCGACAACAAUCCAGCGUCAGGUUAUGUCUAUGAGGAAGCAAACCAAGACAAUUCCGCGAUCGCGGUGGACUCGCGGAAUGAGAAUGGCACGUACAUGAAGGAGACGAACAUGAGUUCCUCGAAUGGAGACUCAAAUGGGAAAUCAAACGGGGAUUCAAACGGGGACUCGAAUGGUGAUCUACAGCCCAGUACGCUCGACCUGGAUGCCGAACGAAACGGGCACAGUUUGGCUAGCAAGAUUCUGCCUGAGUACUGGGAGGAGGACUGGUUGGACUGA